AUGAGCCAAAUGAUGCAACAAACUAUAAAUCAAAUGAUGCAACAAACUAUGAAUCAAAUGAUGCAGCACCAGAAACAAAUUAUAGAGGCCCUUGGGAAUAAGAGAGAAGAGGGACAGCUACCUAAUAAGCCCAUAGAAAAUCUAGGGAACCGCCCAACAAUAGGAUUUCAGCAAGAGGAGUCUAGUAGUAUGAAUCUAGGAAAAAACCCACGAAAUGAAAAUGUUAGGACAGUGAAUGCAUUAAGGAGUGGUAAGAUCUUACCUGAUCCUUAUCCCCAAAUAUUAGAAGAAAAAGAAAACGUGGACAACCCAAAACAAAAUCAAAUAGGAGUAGAAGAGGAUUUUAUAGAUUCUACCAAAGAAAUUUCGAAAGAGAGGACAACCAUUUUAUUUCCUAAAGCUCUAGAGCCUAGACAAAGAAAGAAAAAGGAACACAAUGAAGAAAUAAAGAAAAUUUUAUAAGAUGUGAAAAUUAGUCUUCCUUUACUCACUGCCAUUGAACAUAUUCCUGAAUAUGCUAGAGUUUUGAAAGAAAUGUGUACACCAAAAAGGGCACCUAGAGUAGAAAAAUUAUCUAUGCAUGCUAGUGCAUUAUUAUUAAAUCAAUUACCAUAUAAAUUGAGAGAUACAAGUGCCCCUUUAAUUUUGUAUGAUAUUAGUGGAUUCAUUUUUCAUAAUGCAUUACUUGACACCGGUGUUAGUAUUAAUUUAUUACCUAAAAGUAUUUGUGAUAAAUUUAAUAUUUCUGAUCUUAAACCUUCUACUGUUACCUUACAAUUUGCUGAUAGAUCCAUAAAACAUCCUAAAGGUUUUUUAGAAAAUGUGAUAGUGACAGUUAAAGGGUGUAAAUUUCCAGUUGAUUUUGUAGUGCUGGAAAUGGAUUUUAAUGGACAGUUUUAUGAUACGCCAAUCAUCCUAGGGAGACCAUUUUUGCAUACAGCAAAGAUGAAUAUUGAUUUUCCCACAGGUAUUGUGAAAAUUUCAUGUGGAGAUCAAUCAGUAGAAAUUAAAAUUUUUGAGGUACCAAAUGAUCUUAAGAAAUCACAAGUAUAUGAUUGUCAUACCAUAGAUCUUCUAGAUGAUUUUGAUGAUCCAGAUGUUAUUGAUGACUGUGUGCUGGAAGAAUUAGAGGAAAUAGAGAAUAUAAAUUUAGGAGAAAAGAAAGAGGAAGAUCAUCUGAAUUUAGAGUUGAAACCCCUUCCCUCUAGUUUAAAAUAUAUGUUUUUGGAGGAAAAUAAUUCAUUUCCUGUUAUUAUUGCAGCUGAUUUGAGUGAUGAACAGGAAGAAGAAUUAUUAGAUGUACUUCGAAAAAAUAAGAAGGCUAUGGGCUGGAAAAUGGACGAUCUAAGGGGCAUUGAUAUGAGUGUAUGCAUGCAUAGUAUAUAUCUAGAGGAGGGGGCCAGAACUAGCAGGGAACCACAACGAAGAUUAAAUCCUAACAUGAUGGAAAUUGUAAAAAAAGAAAUUUUAAAGUGGCUGGCUACUGAUAUUAUUUAUCCUAUUUUAGAUAGCAAAUGGGUUAGUCCUACACAAGUAGUGCCAAAAAAAUCAGGGAUCACGGUUAUAAAAAACGAAAAUGAGGAUGAAAUACAAACAAGAUUAACUACCGGUUGGAGAGUUUGUAUUGAUUAUAGAAAAUUAAAUUCAGUUACUAGAAAAGAUCAUUUUCCCCUACCAUUUACUUAUCAAAUUCUAGAAAAAUUAGCUGGAAAAAACUUUUUUUGUUUUCUAGAUGGAUACUUUGGUUAUAAUCAAAUUUAUAUAAACCCUUUAGAUCAAGAAAAAACAACUUUCACUUGUCCAUUUGGUACUUUUGCUUUUAAACGCAUGCCUUUUAGUUUGUGUAAUGCUCCAGCCACAUUUCAAAGAUGUAUGCUGUCUAUUUUUUCUGAUAUGAUUGAAAAAUGCAUGGAAAUUUUUAUGGACGAUUUUUCUGUUUUUGGUGAAUCAUUUGAUGAAUGCUUAAAUCAUUUACAGCAUGUACUUGAGAAAUGCAUAGAGAAAAAAUUAGUUUUGAGUUGGGAGAAAUCACAUUUUAUGGUUAAAGAGGGAGUUGUGUUGGGUCAUAUUGUGAGUAAAAGGGGUUUAGAGGUGGAUAGAGCAAAAAUUGAUAUUAUAUCUAAAAUGAAACUUCCAAAUUUAGUAAAACAGAUUAGAUCUUUCUUGGGUCAUGCAGGUUAUUACAGAAAAUUUAUUCAAGAUUUUUCGAAGAUUUCUAAACCUCUCACCAUGCUAUUAUCUAAAGAUGUGCCUUUCAAUUUUGAUGAGAAAUGUUUUGAGUCUUUUUCCGAAAUAAAAAGAUUACUUACUGAGGCACCCAUUUUACAAGCUCCUGAUUGGUCCCUUCCCUUUGAAAUAAUGUGUGAUGCAUCAAAUUAUGCAGUGGGGGCCGUUCUAGGACAAACAAAAGAGUCAAAACCCAUAGUAAUUUCAUAUGCUGGUAAAACUAUAUCCGAUGCUCAAUUAAAUUAUACCACGACUGAAAAAGAGUUGUUAGCUAUAGUAUUUUCGUUAGAAAGGUUUAGAUCAUAUAUUUUGGGAGCUAAAAUUAUUAUUUAUACUGAUCAUGCAGCAUUAAAAUAUCUGUUAAAUAAGAAAGAUGCAAAGCCACAUUUAUUAAGAUGGAUUUUAUUGUUGUAG